AUGACCAAGUCUUCGCGAAAGAGCUUCUGUUCCCAUUGGCCCAGGAGGGAAGUGGUGAAGAAGGGAAGUGGUGAGGAGAUCAGGGAGUUGGUGGCUCAGGGCAAACCUGUGCUGAUCUACCGGAAGUUUCGGGUGCUGCCCAACGCAUGGUUCGGCAUCACUGGCGGUUGGGAGGUGGAAUUUCUGUUGCUGUAUCUUGAAAAGGCGGAACACUUUGAACAACAACUGCCUGAUGAUACACGAGCCGAACUUGCCAAGGGCAACAAGGGGGCUUUUCUGGGGUACCCAUUCUACCAAACGUUGGAAGAGAACGCUCCGGACAUCACCGGCUUGACGACUCCGCAGGUAAGUCUUCUCGCGGCUCAAGCAGAAUAUUCCCUGAAGGAAAAUGCUGCGCUGCUGAAACAGUUCCUAGGAGCCUUCUAUAGCCCCCGGGCGGCCGCCAGGAGUUUGCUGGCGGUGGCACAGGUGCUGCGGCGCAUUCAUCGCGACGGCUUUGUCUAUAACGAUUUACACGACGGCAACAUCUUACGCCGACUUGACAUGGACAGCUACAAAGUGAUUGAUCUGGGCUCCGUCACACGUGCUUUGGCAGCCCUGAACGUUGCUAUGUAA